GAAAGGGAAGGUCUCCGAGUUCUCUGGGAGGUGGACCGGGUCCAAGGCCCCCGGACGGCCUGAGGUGGGACUCUGCGUUCGAGGCUUCCCGCCACUGACCAGCACUGUGGCUCAGGCGGGUCACGGCCUGUCGGGCCUCAGUUUCCCUCGGGCAUGAAUCGCGGGACGGCUUCGCGGAUCGCGAGGCCUACGUGUCUCCCCCGCUGAAAUGUAGGCUCCAGGAGGGAGGGACUUUGUUUUGUCCACUGUUGUAGUCACAGUUAUUUUAACAAAUAGUUUCAGAGGGCCUUCCCAAGCCCUGCAAAGGGGCUGGAUAUUGGGGGUUACACUGGGAGACAUUCUGGGGCUGGGGACAGCGGUGUAAACACAAGGGAAAUCAUUGCGGGAUGAAAACAGAAGUGAGGGGGUUGCUGGUUGGGUCACCUUAGAUCAGAGCACCUUCGUGAUCAGUACCACCUUAGACAUAGUGAUCAGGACAGGCCUCUCAGAUUAGCUUACUUGAAGACCACAAAUAAACUGUGACAAGUGCUAGAAGGGAAAAGCAAGAAGCCAUGAGGGCAUUUAACUCUGACCUAGCAUUAGAGGGCAGGGCAGUGAGGUCUGAACAGUGAUGGUCAGGACAAUGGGACUCAGCUCCUUAAAUUGCCCGUGUCCCAGAAACCACGUGGUCAAAGGGCUGAGCCGUGUGGCCAGACAAGAGAGGCCCCUGCCUUUGCCCAGUGAGCUCUGCUGUUCUUAUGCGAGCCAUGAAGCUGAACGAGAGGAGUGUGGCCCACUACGCCCUGAGCGACUCCCCAGCAGACCACGCAGGCUUCCUGCGCACUUGGGGGGGCGCAGGGACUCCACCCACCCCCAGUGGCACUGGCCGAAGGUGCUGGUUUGUCCUUAAAGGCAACCUGCUGUUCUCCUUUGAGAGUCGAGAGGGCCGGGCCCCAAUGAGCCUAGUGGUGCUGGAGGGCUGCACAGUGGAGUUGGCUGAGGCUCCCGUGCCUGAAGAGUUUGCCUUUGCCAUCCGCUUCGACGCCCCUGGAGUGCGCCCACACCUGCUCGCGGCAGAUGGGCCAGCUGCCCAGGAGGCCUGGGUGAAGGCACUGUCCAGGGCAAGCUUUGGCUACAUGCGCCUGGUGGUGCGUGAGCUGGAGAGCCAGUUGCGUGAUGCCCGCCACAGCCUGGACCUGCAUCGCCACUCAUCCUGGAAGGCCAUUCCCAGCCGCUGUAAGCCCCAAGCUUCUGACUACUGGUCUCCUGGCCUGGAGAAUGGUUACUCCCUCUCCAGAGAUUGCAGCCCUAUGGCCUUGGUGGAAGAAGGGGGCAGCAGGCCAGCAGGGCGGGGCUUGGCCGAGUGGGAGUUGCAGGGCCCUGCCAGCCUCCUCCUAGGCAGGGGGCAGAGCCCCGUGUCCCCUGAGACUUCCUGCUUCUCUACUCUACAUGACUGGUAUGGCCAGGAGAUCAUGGAGCUGAGGCGGGUGUGGCUGCAGAGUGCCCAGGGGAGCCAUCCAGAAUGUGAGGAACGGGAUAGGCCCUGAGCCUGGGCCCUUCGGGUUCAGCCCUUGUCCUGCUGGUCAGGACACCAGGGCCAGUGCUUUUUCAAGAGUUUAAUGUUUACUGGUUUCUGAAGUUGCUGUUGGAUGUGAGUUCUCCCCUUCCUAUUUUUAGGCUUGCUCCAGGUUCCAAAUCCACCCUCACGCCUAGAGGGGACUGAGCAAUCAUUAACUUUCAACCCCUUUAUUUCCUGAGGGCCAGAGAGGAGAGGUGGCUUGCUCAGCAGCCACAGACCUAGGUCUCGUGACUGCCCCUCUCUUAGCGGAUAUUAAUGAAAUGGAGGAAGUGGGGAAUAUUACAUGACCACAGGCCGCUCUGCCUUUCACCUACACACGAUUCUACAGACACAAUUUCCAACAUGGGGAAUCUUGUAUAAAUACCAGAAGUUGGCUGCAGUGUUGGCUUGAGGGACUGAUAUUGUCAGAAAAAGUGGAUUUACUGUGUUAUGGGGCUUUCUGGAGCCCGGCUCAUCCUGAGUGAUGAGAAGAUUGGGCAUGGGACCCCCACGCUGCAAUUUGGACAGGACUCUUUGGAGGGAGAGGGCACUUGGCCAGUCAAGAGGGAUUUAUCCUGCUCCGAAAGCGUUAGGACCCCAUCUUCUUUCCCUGGCUGCCCUGUCAACAGAUGGUGCUUGGUCAUUGCCCCAGGAGGGCCAGUAGCUUUUAUAUGUCAGCAGAAAUCCGUCCUGUACUGUGUCCUCAGCUGCCAAGUGGGAAGCUGAAGUGGGGAGGCAGUGAGGAUCCCUGGGAAAGCCAGUUUCUUACUUUGGUGUUCAGUCCUGGGCCUCUAGGAGCUUGGGCACAGGCUUCCUGGCAUGCUGUGAUAAACUCUUCUCUCUUGGCUGGACCCCCAGAGAGAUGCUCCUCAUCCUGAAACCCCCUAGGAACUCGUGCAUAGUCUUGCUUGGCACCCAGUGUGUGCCUGCCAAGAUCCUCUUGUUCCUACUCUCACCAGCAUGGUGCCAAGCAUUUGCUUUAUCGAUUGUUCUGAGAGGAAAAGUGGCUGGUUGGACAGAGCCAGAGGCCAGAUCAGCCUGAUAGCCUAGGGGUGUGGUGGCAGUGGCUGGAUGGAAGAUGCAGAGCCUGGUCCAGUCAUCCCUCUCCUCCGAUAUACACAAUCUCCCCCUUCUUAGCCUCUCUCCCUUAUUGGGGCCUUGGGCAGCCUUAGCUAGAGGCUUCGGCUCAGAGCCUCUUAAGUCCAGGAGGCUGACAUGCCGUCCAGGGUCCUGGACCAGUUCCUAGGAAGCCAGGCCUGUUUCCCAAGAAUAGGGGCCACCUCCCCAGCCCUGUAUGGGAGCCCCACAGCCCCGAUGCGUCUUGUUUUAUACACAGACACUACGGGCUUUUUGUUAUCUUGCUUAUUGUUACAGUGCUUUUUAUACGAUUAAAACAUUAUGAUUUUUUUAUUAC